AUGAAUGGCACAGAGGGACCCUUUUUCUAUGUCCCUAUGGUAAACACCACCGGCAUUGUCCGGAGUCCUUAUGAAUAUCCUCAGUACUACCUUGUCAACCCAGCAGCCUAUGCUGCUCUGGGCGCCUACAUGUUCUUCCUCAUCCUCGCUGGAUUCCCAAUCAACUUCCUCACCCUCUACGUGACCCUCGAACACAAGAAGCUGCGAACCCCUCUAAACUACAUCCUGCUGAACCUUGCGGUGGCUAACCUCUUCAUGGUGUUUGGAGGAUUCACCACAACGAUGUACACCUCUAUGCACGGCUACUUCGUCCUCGGACGCCUUGGCUGCAAUCUGGAAGGAUUCUUUGCUACCCUCGGCGGUGAGAUUGCCCUCUGGUCACUGGUUGUUCUGGCUAUUGAAAGGUGGGUGGUUGUCUGCAAGCCCAUCAGCAACUUCCGCUUCGGAGAGAAUCACGCUCUUAUGGGUCUGGCCUUCACCUGGACAAUGGCCAGUGCAUGCGCUGUACCCCCUCUUGUCGGCUGGUCUCGUUACAUCCCUGAGGGCAUGCAGUGCUCAUGUGGAGUUGACUACUACACACGUGCAGAGGGUUUCAACAACGAGUCCUUUGUCAUCUACAUGUUCACCUGCCACUUCUGCGUCCCACUGUUUGUCGUGUUUUUCUGCUACGGCCGUCUGCUCUGUGCUGUCAAGGAGGCUGCUGCUGCCCAGCAGGAGUCUGAGACCACCCAGAGGGCUGAGAGGGAAGUCACCCGCAUGGUCAUUCUGAUGGUCAUCGCCUUCCUGGUAUGUUGGUUGCCCUAUGCCGGUGUGGCCUGGUGGAUCUUCACACAUCAGGGUUCUGAAUUUGGACCAGUCUUCAUGACCAUCCCCGCCUUCUUUGCCAAGAGUUCCUCCAUCUACAACCCAAUGAUCUACAUCUGCAUGAACAAGCAGUUCCGCCACUGCAUGAUCACCACCUUGUGCUGCGGGAAGAAUCCCUUCGAAGAAGAGGAGGGAGCAUCCUCUACCAAGACCGAGGCCUCCUCCGCCUCCUCCAGCUCUGUGUCUCCUGCAUAA